UCUUUAUCUCACCGAUACGGUUGUUUGCAGUAACAUUCAUUUGGAUGGUAGUUGAAAUGAAGGAAACUUAUUUUUGAUGACGAACGUAAAUAUGUGACAGGAUGAGGAUUUUAAUUGCUCUUUUAUUGUUAGGUUUUGAAGUUUCGUUUGCUUUAAUUGGCUAUUACUGUGGAAAUGGACCAAGUACAAAUUAUGCAGAAAACAACUUGUACGCUGAUGGAAUUCACCUUGAAGGAAAGUCAUCAAUAACGUUUCAAGUAAAAGGUGGUCACGAUGCCCAUAUAUUACUUCAACACGAUCACAGCAAUUUGGUGGAUAAUGUCAUAGAAAUAGUACUUGGUGGUUGGGAAAAUUCAAAGUCAGUUAUUCGAAGUAAGCAACAGCAGGAACCGCCAAGAGCACAGCAUGUGGAAUCGAGAAUUAUUUCUCCAUCCAGCUUCAAAUAUUUCUGGAUAUCAUGGUCGGGAUCUUAUAUCAGAGUGGGAAAAGGAGAAACUAUUGGUCACAGCGAAUUCAUGUCAUGGAAUGGACUUUCAUUUUCAAUCAAAGCAAUAAGCAUUAGUUUUGGAUUUGGAAAUGGUGGAUCCUUUAAAUUUGAAUGUAGGUCGAUUGAAAAUUGUGUGAAGGUAAACUGUUCAAAUGCACGUGAGUCAUCAUGUGUCACAUGUAUUGAUAAAACGGUGUUCUAUAAAGUAUCACAUGACAAGAAGAGCUGUGAAAGAAUGUGUUCCUUUGAUGCCAAUAAAUGUUGGCCAGGGGAGUGCAGGAGUGGACUAGCUACCAACUGCAAGUGCUUGAAUGGUUUCACAAGGGAAGCAGCCUCUUGUCAAUUAUCAGAAACAACCAGACCGACUGUUAACAAAUGUUUUACUACAAUAAUAGGACACAAUCUUGAGAAAGUUCAAACUACAGCUGGACAAUGUCAUACUCUUCAUGAUUUGUAUGGACAUUUUAAGCCAGUUCAUGUUAACUUCGAUAUUCAAUCUGACUUUAUGGUAAACGUGUCGACUAUUCCUAGACCAAAAUUUAUACAUUCCAGCAACUUUGGGGUUACAGACACACGUGUUAUUAUAACUAGAGUGCAAAUUGAUGGUAAGAUAAUUCAAAUAGGCAGCAAACCCUUGGAGACAGAUCUCUCAAAAGGAACGAACGUCAAACAUGCUGUUUUUUAUAAUGACACGAUAAAUCUGCAAGCUUAUAAAAAUUACAGCUUAUCAAACGGGGAACGAUUGUGUUUACAUUACGAAUCGCUUGGAGGUGGAUUUGUGACAGCUUUCGAUACAAGGUCAAAUAAAGUACUUGAUCCAGUCUCUUACAAAAAGUCAAGAACAAUAGAAACAGUUUGUUUUAUAUAUGAUACAUCUAGACCAAAACACUGCUUUGAAGAUAAGUCUUGUAAGACAGAUCCACUCUUUGUCGAAAAACGGAUAACACGUUCUAAACAAGUUUUAGUACAUUUUGAUGGAUGGGUUGAUAAGCCUCCACCGGGAGCGAAUAAAUCGAGUGCCUCUGGUAUUGACUUUUUUGAAAUAAGUAUGCAUGAAGUUUCAAAUGGCAAAGUAAGUUUUUCGUCGAGUUUUUCAACAAAUAUAAGUAAGCUUAUUACCUCUUAUACACUAAACAUAACGACUAACUUACCGAGACUAUAUUGCAUAAAACUUGCAGUAAAAGAUGUUGCGAAUAACGUCAAGUAUGCACGCAGAUUUAUUUUGUUUGAUAAUUCGUCGGUUAUUAAAACUCGACAAAAUAAAUCCAUUUUUUACAUUACGUCCGCCUCAAAAGAAACUCACUAUAAAUGGCAAACACAUCAUGAACAAACUUGCAUAACCUGGAACGAUUAUUUUUAUAACGACUUUUAUGUUCAAAAUCAAUUACUAAUCCCGAUAGAAUCAGACUCCGAAAUUUCAGGCAUAUAUGAACAAACAUCAGGUCUCCUUCCCGUGAAAGGUACAGAAAACGUUCAUGGUAUAGUCAGCUUUAAGAUUUCUUGGAAAGUUAAUAGUGGAUCAUAUUCAAAUGAAGUUCGUAUUCCAAAUAUAAGACAACAACUUUACUGUACUAAAUUAGCUAUGCGUGAUGGAGAAAAGUAUACCUUUAAGCUAAUCGCUGAAGACAUAGUAAACAAUAGCUUCAUUGAAAAUCGAACAUUUAAUGUCGAUCGUUCAGCACCUGUGAUAGAAGAUAUUUGGCUGACUAAAGAUGGCGAAGAACAAAUAUUUGUGCAUGAUAGCACGGACCUAUCAAAAAUGAAACUUUCGUUCAAAGCAUUUGACCCUCAUAGUGGUUUGAGAUCUAUAAAGUGGUCAUUUGGAACAGAUGAAAAUCAACUUGCCAGUGCUAAUAUCAGAGUCAAAACAGUAGAAAGACAACCAACACCACAUGCUUACUGUCCAGACGUUGGGCAAUGUGAGAUGAAAAUAUACUCUUUUGAUCUGAAUAGAUUGGUGAACAACAACACACACAUUGGCGAUCAUAAUCGAAAUUAUUUCUUUACACUUACUGUGGAAAAUAACGCCAGGUUGAAAAAUAUUGAACAUCUGGAUAUUUUAGUUGAUGAUUCUCCUCCAGAAAGUGGCGCCGUAUAUGAGGGUACAGUUGGUGGACCAGAUAUUGAUUACACUAGCAAAGACAACUUUAUUGUACGAUGGAAUGGAUUCAUAGAUCAUGAGAGUGGAAUAAAGUUAUACAGAAUCGGAAUUUCAGCUAAAUGUCUUAAUAAAGAAGAUUUUCAAUCCGAUAACAUAGCAUUGAAUAACAUGGAUCAUUUUUCGGCACUUAAUACUGAAAACUAUAUAAGAGUCCAAACUAAUGCUACUGGACAACUUUUUGCAACAGUUGUAGCGAUCAAUAAUGCGUUGCAGUCGUCAUUGCCUGUUUGCUCGGAUGGAAUCAUCCGAGAUAUUAUUCCACCCCGGAUCCGUAAUAUUUCAUUUGAACAUGCCAAAUGGUCUGAUUCUCUAUUUUGUUUAAAUGGACGUGCAUGGCAUUUCAACAAUAAAUUUCAAAAAUGCCUACUUCAAGACAUUACCACCUGUAGGGAGCGUUGUUCAGUCGAUACGAGCGAAAGUGAAUUGGUAGAUAUCAUGGAAGAAUUACAAUCGAUAAAUGACACCCAGAUUGAUGAAUUUUUAUGCAGAUACCUUCCGCUGUUCAACAAAAAGAUAAAACUGUAUCUUCCAAAUGAUCACAUAUCCCUGCAAUGGCACAUAGAGAAAAGCCUUAGUCAGGUGGACAAUUUUUUUGUUGGUUUCGGAAAGACGGUAGAUGAGAAAUAUUCUCCUUCUUUGCAAACGUACAAAUCGACCAACAGCAGACACAACUUUCAAGUAAACCAUUUAGGCUUUGGACUAGCAAACGAGUUCUAUGUUUUUAUAAAAGCAGAAAACAAAGCAAAACUAGAAAAAAUCGUUUCUUUGGGCCCGUUCGUAAUAGAUGAAACUCCACCGCUGUACAAAAAGAAACCGAUUAUUUCUGUCGUAAAUCAAAAUAUUAUAAUCAGUUGGGACGAAGGCCAAUUUUACGACAAUGAACAAACAGAGAAAAUUGGACAAAUAUUGUUUCAAUUUAUUCACGGUUCAGAAACUGUAUCUCCAAUACUUGAAUGGAGAUAUGGUGAUGCGGAGGCAUGUGAAAUCAAACAAGACUGUAUUUCCUAUCCAUUACAAAAACUGCAAAAAAUUGAUACUGAAGAUGGACUUAGUUUUGCAGUGGAUGUAUACCUGUACAAUAAUGCCGGGCAUGUAACCUUGUUCCAAACAGAUCCUUUCAAACUCCCUUCAAGAUAUCCGCCAAGUCAUGGUGUUAUUUUGGAUAUCGACCCUGCACAAACAUUUAGCAAUAAAGAUGCAAGUGUUCAUUUUACAGAAACACAAUUAUGUGCAAGAUGGAGUGGGUUUAAUCACCACGAAAAUGUGUCAUUGCAUAUCGGUGUCGGUACAAACAGAACACUAGAUAACAUAUAUACGUUUAAGCCUAUAACAGGAAAUGUGUCUUUUCAUUGUCUUAAGUCUGACAAGUUUAUCUAUGGUACGCGUUUUUUCGUAUCAAUCCGCGCCGCGUGUUCCGGAGGAGUUAUUAUUUCCAGUUCGAACGGCGUUUACAUCUUUAACAGUUCUAUUUUACAAACGACUGAUAUUCAAAUUGGUCAUAGAGAGAUCCCAGUUAACAAAUGCUUCAAUAGCGUAAACUCGUCCUUUACUCAGUUUUCUUUAGGAAAACUAACCAUAGGAUUGCUAUAUAAAAUGCAUGUUGAAACCACUUCAGAUAGUUUCACGCUCAAGUCAAGCGAUGCAAGUGUAAUAAAGGAUAUACAUUCGAAAGAAUUUUGUUUGGUACCGUAUAUGGAUAUUCCAAAUUUUCAGAUUUAUGGUGAAAAUCAAACCGAGUCGUGUGUGCGUUUAAUAAGGGCGGAAAGUGAAGGUUUUGUUAAAGAAAGGCAUAAAAUCAAUGUUUUUAUAAAAGAUGGCAUUUACCUUUCCACACUCACGCCCAAAUGGACACUUUUAGAGCAUACAACUAACAGACAAAAAGGCCCCAACACGAGUAAUUCAUUACAUAUUCAAAUUAUAAAGAACAAUGACUACGAAUUCACAUUAAAAAAUAUAUCCCUAAUCGAGAAGAAAAAAUAUUCAGUUGGUGUGAGUUUAUGUUUACCACACAGUUGUUCACAAAUGGUUGAAUCUUCAACAUUUGAAUUCGAAAGAACUAUUUCACCGGGAAAGAACAUCAUAUCAGAAUUUAUUGUUGAUGAUUAUGAUAACAACGUCAUCGCUCAUAUUGAAGUUCAACCAUAUAAAGCACCAAGUGGCAUUGUUUUAUAUCAAUGGAUUUUAAGUGAAAGUCAAGAGGGUAAUAAAGGCAUAAUAACUUGGAGGACAUUUGAUACAUCAAACGUUUCAUAUAUUUCAGUAAAGGAACGUUUCAAGUUACCAGUUUAUCCUCAUUCGACAUUUUAUAUCUGCGUAAGAGCAUACUCACGUGCUGGAAAUAAAAUAACGACAUGCACGAAGCCAAAUCGGAAUUCUGUUGGAACUGAUAAUAUAAAUGUAGUUUAUGACAUAGACGCAGCGGCUGGAACUUGGGAAAAGAUUUUAAAUAUGAUUCACAGCAACCAUUUAGGGGGCGAGACACAGUUCCUGCAUGACACUGAGUUAAAUUUUGGAAAGAGAUCGUCAAAGGUAGCAGGUGUUGUAUUUUAUGCGUCCGAAAGAAAUAUCUCAUGGUAUUUAAUGUCAACCAGACGUAUUCCAACAUUUGACCAAUGUCAGAGUGAUACGAAAUGUAUUACUUCAUUGACAAGUACAAAUGGAUAUGUUUACUUUGAAAGAAAAUACAUAAGAAUGAAUAACGUUUACUAUAUAUGCGCUUUGUCGAAGCCUUUAAAGAUAAACAGAGAGAACUACGUAGAAAGUGUUGCCGAAAUAAGGACGUGCAGUAAUGGGUUCAUUUUGGAUGAUAUUCCACCAUCUGGCGGGGAUGUACUAGUUGAUAACAUUAACGGAUUUAUAAAUGAUCUGUCAGCUAUCGAGAUUGAUAUUGAAGGCUUUGUUGACAAUAUAGAUGUUUCAAUAUUCGGAUAUGGAGACAACAUAAAGUAUUUUUCAUACGCUAUAGGUUCGACUUCACUCAGUUACGAUUUUCACAAUUUUACAAAUGUUGGCAAGGAUCGAAAAAUUAUAUCUCAAUUAGAUAAUAUAAAAGAUGGCUCAACUUUAGUAGUUAUAGUCAAAGCAACUGACUACGCUGGAAAUUCUAAAACCAUCAACUCUAAGGAAUUUGUGGUCGAUACAUCGCCCCCACAGAAGGGGUUCUUGAUUAUAGACCGUAUCCAGAAGGUUCCCGUAUAUAUAAAUUCAGUUCAUAUCGACUUGUACGCGACUGAUUUUACUGAUAGUGAAAGUGGGGUAGAUUUUUAUGAAAUAUGUUUAGGGACACAACAAAUGACAUGUGAUAUUGUUGGUAUGCGUUCUUUUCAUGGUGAACAUAUUAGUUAUCAGCUUCCACUAAACAUAAAUGAUGGGCAUGUUUAUGUUAUAAGUGCAAUGGCUGUCAACAGAGCAGGUUUGAAAUCAGAUAUUUCAACAAUACAGUUUAUUUCUGAUUUGUCUCCUCCAACCGGUGGACACGUCAUGGAUGGUCACUGGACGUAUAAAGCAGACAAAGAUUUUCAGCAAGAGUUACGUAGCAUUGCGGGACAUUGGUAUGGAUUUGCAGACCCUCAUAGUGGCAUACAGUAUUACAGAGUAGGUCUUGGAACAAGGCCAUAUCUUGACAAUAUUGAGUCUAUGGUUGAAGUUGGUCUUCAAACAGACAUGACAUGGAACGGUACAUUUGAACCUGGCAAAAAGUACUAUGUAACAGUUGAAGUUUGUAAUGGUGCGAAUCUGUGUUCCUCCGCCUGUUCAAACGGUAUUCAACUGGAUAACACUCCUCCAAUAAUUGGGAUUGUGCGGAUAGGCUCGGGUAGCAAGCAUGUGAUAUAUUCACCACAUAACACAUCGGUUCACAUGCAGUGGGAAGGUUUUGAGGAUCCACAAUCUGGCAUCAGUCACUUCGAAAAUUGUAUUGGAACUAAACCAUAUAUCUGUGAUAUUAGUCCUUUACUGUCCAGUCUUCUUCAAUCAAAUAUCAUACGGACUGGUCUUAAUCUUCCGAUCGGAGUUGAUUUAUAUGUUUUAGUGAAAGCAUUUAAUAGAGCUGGGAUUAAUGCAAAACAAACAUCCGAAAGAUUUAUAAUUGACAAUUCCCCACCAGUUGUAGUUCGUAAACCCUCAAUCUUCCCACUUGGAGAAUCAAGAAAGUCUAACAGCACAAAUAUUCAAUGGGAAAAAUCUUUGAUCAGAGUUAUUUGGAAUUUUAUUGAUAAUGAGAGCUCUAUUGUCAAACAUAUUGUCUCCUUAAAAACUCAUCAAAAUGGUCACAUUCCUAUUGAAAAUGUGGUUGUUGGAAAUUCAGACACGUUCUUGAUAACCCUUGAUAAAAACAAUUGGUUACAUGACGGUGACAUUUAUCAUGUUGUGGUAACAUGCUGUAAUGCUGCCGGUCUCUGUACAAGUUCGAAGUCGGAAAAAUUGAAAAUUGAUUCUUCCCCUCCGCUUAUGGGAGGAUUCGCAUAUCCAAUGAGGUGGACAAAUUAUCAUAAUAGUUUUAAUAAAAGCUACAGUAUCAUUUGUCUUUCAUGGUAUGGCUUUGUGGACCAAGACUCGCCAAUAGACAAAUACUACGUAACUGUCAGCAAUAACUUUAGUGGACACGAAUUAUCAAAUGGUAUAGUUGUCAUUGAUGCUGAUAUAUCUAGAAAUAAUCAUUCAUCUAAUAUAACCAUUAAUCAACCAAUUAGUGAUAAGUCUUAUCUGAUCAUUUCAAUUUGGGCAAAGAAUAGUGCUGGACUGAAUAGUACAAUAUUUCGAGCAACAGUUGUACCCUUUUUGUCAGAAAAAACACAAUAUCAGUCAGGUGCCCUUAAAUUUGAAAAGCAUUCGUGCAAAAUACAUUCGUGCAAUCUAGACUGUACUUGCUCGGCCGUUGGAAAAGUUUGUACUCAAUCUAAAAUGACAAACUGUGUGUAUGUAAAUUCAUCGACUGUAGGUACCACCAGAUAUCCAAAAAUUGAAGUAUUUGGUGGUUCUGAAAAUAAGCCCGAACAAAUAUCAUCUUCAUCUGCAUGCUUGUCUGGACAUUGGAAAGUAAUUGGUCCCAAUGAGAUAUCGAUUCUUCGCUUUGAAUGGAGUAUGGGGUUGUUUGGACAAAAGCCAGGAGACGGAAUAUUCAUUUCAUCGGAAAGGCAAUGGCAUGAUGUCGGAAAACGUACCAAAGUUAAUUUUUGUUUGCCACCAAACACUGGUUUAAUACAUGCUAUGAAAUACACCGUGUAUGUUAAGGCAUGGUACUCGAGUUUAGAGCAAUUUACAUUUUCGUCCGACCCAAUAAUCAUUGAUCACACACCACCACAGCCAGCAAAAGGUCGAUUCGUAUUAGAUUCUGAUUUAGAUUGUGCUGUAGAUUACGAUGUCAUUGAUUGGAUGGACAAGUUAACUUUUUGUUGGAAAGGUGUUUUUAGAGAGACACAGAGUCAACUGUCCCACUUUACAAUAUCUCUUGGAACAUCUGUAAAUGGGAGCGACAUCUUUAACAUGACCGAAGUUGGCUUAAAUACAAAUUUCACUUUGAUAAAUACAGAACUUUCUCAUGGAACAAGAUAUUACUUCACAGUAACGGCAUACAAUGUUCUCGGAAUGCAAAAUUCACUAAGCUCUGAUGGUUUCGUGAUAGACAUGGAUACACCAGUUGCUGGAAUGGUCUUCAAUACAGACCAAUUGAUUAACAGCAAUUACCAGUCAUCGACAUCAUCAUUCGGAAUCUCUUGGUACGGAUUUAUCGAUCAUCAUUCCGGUAUAAAAUCUUAUCAUGUUGCAAUAUCUGAAGAUAACACCUUAAACCAAAGUCACAUCAUUUUUAAGAACGUAUAUCUUAAAACAAAAUACAAAUUUACAAAGAUUAAACUUGAACAUGGAAAACGAUACGUUGCUUUAGUGAAAGCUUGUGAUGCGGCUGGGCAUGCUAGUAUGAUUGCAAAAUCGGCUUUGAAAAGUAUAGAUGUAACAGCACCUAGUGUACUUCAGUGUGAAAAGUAUGUUUUGUUACGACAAAAUGAAACAUAUGGAGAUCACAUGCUAGAAGGCAGUGUUCCUUCUGAUAUUAACAUACGUCUUGACACUUUUCUGAAAAAAGACAAUUUAUACAAAAUAAGUGGAAUAUUACGUAGAGCUAGCUUUUCAUCAAAACUUGUUUUGGUUAUCGAUCGGAUUCGUUUAGUUCUAUAUACAUCAUUUGAUCACAAUGGCUCAGAGAACUUUGAAUAUAGCUUUAUUGCACAACAAUCAGGAACUGCAAAUAUACAAGUCCAAACCGAAGGCAUUUUCUUCGAAAAUCAUUCGUUACAAGCAAACUUUUAUAAGUGUUUAACUACAAACAUGAAAGCAGACGGUGAAAUCCAGUUUCAACAAAUAGGGCCUUCGGCAGUAAAAGUAUCAACAUUGAUUUUUGAUCCAGAGAGUGCCGUAUAUAAGAUACACUAUGGAAUUGGGACAAGUCCCGGAGGUCUACAACUGCGGCCAUUUUCAAAACUUAAUAAUAAUUACCAAUGCGUUGUCGAUAUGCAUUUAGAACACGGGAGUAAGCUAUAUCUGACUGUUUUCUCAAAGAACCAUGCUGGCUUAACAACAAGCUUUAAGAGUAAUCCGAUUGUUGUCGACAAAACGCCACCGGUAAUCAGAAAACUGAAUGUUAUUGUCAAUGAUACACAUGCCACCGACGCACUCUAUAGUGUUUAUGCAAACUGGCAUAUCGAGGAUGCAGAAAGUGGAGUGAAAUCUUGCUAUUGCGGUCUUGGAAGGGGAUUACAAAUGAACGGGAUAGAAUCAUUAGAACCUACGGAGACUAAUUCAGCUUGCCAGUUUAUCAAUAUGACAUUGGCUAAAGUAGAGAGAGUGUAUGUAAAAGUUAUGUGUAUUAAUAACGUCGAACUUAUGGAAGAGCUUGUUUCAGAUCCAAUAAUCAUCCGUUACACUAGCACAAAUGUAGAAUUCGCUAAUGUGCAAGUUCUAUCUGCCAUUGGUUUCAAACAAGGCAUUGAAUUAUUUGGUAUGAAAUUCACGGAAAUUUAUUUGCAACUAAACAAAUCACAAGUCAAGUUUGAGUGGGAUGGAUUUGAGGAUAUUUAUGGAAUCGACCAUUAUGAAUAUAGAUUUCUACACAAUACAAAGAAAGAAGGGACAUGGAAGAGAGUAAAAAAGCAUACCAUGUAUGAACUGGAUGGUCUUCACCUCUUACCGAAUGAGAUAUAUACGAUAGACGUAAGAGCAGUGAAUUCCGAAAACUAUACUAGUGAGCUGGUAUCUACGAAUGUGUUUAUUACAGGAGAUGAUCCUAAGCUUACAGGCAACGCAAUGACAGUUGCUUGGAGUAACCGGACCAUACGGCUUGACUGGUCGAAGGUUUUUCAAGAACCUUAUGUAGCAGAUGUUGUUUACGAUGUAACAGUUGGCUCUCGACGAGGUUACUCCGAUGUGAUACAACUGCAAAGAAUAGAAAAUCCGAAUUGUUCAUUCAGCCUUCCAGAAUUUACAACGGUGUCUUCAACAAUUAACGAGAUUGUCGUGUUUGUAACUGCUGAGUAUUCAACAGGAUUAUCAGCACUUUAUGAAACGAAUAUAAAAAUAUGAUCAUUAGCUUUGAUAAGGAAAUGUGUAAAUAUGAACACCUUUAUUUGACUCAAAUGCAUAUACAUGUAUAUUUAUAUUGUCUUUUAGACUAUAUAUAGACAGAAACAUGAAACAAUUUGUAAAUAGAUAAACAAACGUAAAAAUAUGACUUGUGAAAAAUAGGUUUUAAGAAUUAAAAAAACAACAACUAACAAACUAGGUUAGCUGAUAAAGAAGACAAGAUGGGUAUUAAGAAUAGUGUCAUUUAAGUGCAGUAAAUUAUCAAUCCUGGUGCAUUUCUACAACAUUACCGCGUGUUUAAGUUCCAUUUAAUAGAUUUGAACACUACAAACCGAACAUUUUGUAGCAAUACUGUAGUCAGCGGAAACUGUAUUUGUAGUUUAAUUACCUGGAAUUUUCAUGCAUCCUUGUUUAAAGGACAAUUGUAUUCGUAUUAAAUCUGAUUUUACAAGUCUAAUAUUUUAAACAGUUAACAGUUAAAAGUUUUAUAGGAUGUAAGGUAUAUAAAACGUCCAUUUAUGUCUUUUGUUUAAAUUGAUUAUGUCAUGUUUGUUUUAAUUGCACAUUUAUUUUGAUACAUAUUUGUAUAUUGAUAUAUAGAUCAAUGUAUUAUUGUAGAAUUUUGCUUUGUAGAGCUUGAUGGAAUUAAAAAAAAAUAUAGUCGGAAAUAUGUUUACGUUUUCCAAAUUGAAUGGAAAGAAAUUUUGUAAAUUGCUAAACAACAAAUAUAAAUAUUAUACGUAUAUCAUUAACCAGUAUGUUCAUGUAAAUGUAUUAUCAUAUCCCGAUUUGUAAGUACGUUUUGUAGGCAUAAAUCAUACUCGAGCUAAAUUUCUUGGUUUG